UGAACUCGACAGUCGUGGCUCGGCUGUUCUUUCGUACUCGGUUAGCGGAUUUGUGUCUGACAGUGUGGCCGAUCGGACUGCCGUGUGAUUGUCACGAGGGCUCAUUGGGGGGCCCACAAGAAGACGACCCGUCGACAUCGUUUCAUAUACCGGAAUAUAAAUUUUAAUGUAAUAAAGCGUAUUUAAUACCCACGAUGACACACUUGAUAACGUCGUCAACAACGAGCGUUUCCGGAAUAAAUGCGACAGCUUUAAUCACGACCGAGGCGAUUACUACAAUGUUACAACAGUGUGCUCGCUUACCACGAUAGUACAUUACUGCUACAACGGGAAAAGAAGAGAGAAAGAGAAAGUGUGUAUGUGUUUGUCGGAUUUCUCGUUCUCUCGAUGUGGAUGCGUCGCAUCGUGCACUUUAAACGAGGUACACAUACACGCCCGGAUUCCAGGAAGCGCUUAGAAGAGGAACAUUUCAUCGAGCGAUGCACGUGUGAAGAAAGAAAGGAAGAGAGAACGCGCUAUUGAAAGAACAUAAGUGAAUUUGUAAUUGACCGUACAUACGUAUUGGCGCGACGUAGAGAAAGCGAGAGAAAGACGACGGACAGACACAGAGAGAGAGAGAGAGAGAGAAAGACACAGAGAGGGUGAGAGAGAGAGAGAAAGAGAAAGAGGGGAAAAAAGAACAGGUUACAAGGCGAGCGGGCGCCAUUCGGAAGUAACAGUGUCAAAGCACUGAGGCACCGUUUGCGACUUCUUUAGCGCCGCGCACGGCAUCUAGAACGUGCGAUGGGACGUGCUAGCGUGCGUGCCGUCGUCAGCGUGCGUCAAGGUGCGUGAAGUGGCGUGAAGUGGCCCCGUGUGGCACGAAAAGUGCGAACGGAGGUCGGAGAGUCCGCAGACGGAGUCGUUUGUCGCUUGGCGCGCGAGCGCUAAACUCGGGGCUCUCAGUCUCGCCUAUCGUCUCCGUCCAAGCAACCGAGCCUACGCGGGCGCGCCUUCUCGCUCUCGUGCCUUCGCUUCGUGGCGUGAACGCCGACCGCUGGACUGCUCGAUUUUCCGCCUGCUCGCCAGCCAGGAGAGUUUUCACUGCGUCGCGCGCGUAUACACUCUGCGUACGUGUGUGCGUGUGCAAAGAGAUACAUACGCGAGAAACAUCAGAGACGGACGCAACCGGCCCAUCGUAUAUACGUGCUGGAGGCGAAUCGGAUCUGGGGGAGACCGUGGAAAAAAGAAUUCACAGAUAAUGGAGAAACCUGCGUGUAUCGUGGACUCGUGAUCGGUUGCGAAUUUUUCCGUGUUGUAUAUUUUUACGGGGAAGAUAGAGAAGUGGAGAAGGUGGCGGAACGGAAGAAGGAAGAAGAAGAGGAGGAGGAGGCAGAACGAGAGAGAGAGAGAGACAGAUUAGGUUAGGUUGAACUCACGUUCCCCCCUCCCAUUUCUCCGCUGCGGCACCAGGGCUUCAUCUCAUUUCGAUGUGCAUGCCAGUUUCCAUUUGACUUGUGUACGCCUAAGGGACGAGGGCAUAACGGAGAGAAGACCGAGGAAAGAGUGCGAGGAUAGUGCGCGAAUGAUGGAUCUGAGGGAACGUGAUAGAAAAAUACAAAUGCUGAUCGCCGAUAGAAUUUUUGUCACCGAAUCGUUCAUGGGAAUCAAUAGCGAAUACCUCAAACACAAAGCUGGGAUAUUACGCUUCAUCGACAUGUUUCCAGGGAAGCAGUGGCACGUGCGCGAACAGAGUUUGGGCCCAGGUGGUGUCGCCCGCGCUGCCGAGGAAACGCAAGAAGGAGAGGUCAACGAUAGGGGAUGCCACGAGGCGAGCGAGAUAUCAGUCGAGGAGAUUAGCUUGACGGUAGCGAGGAGCAAAGUUCCCUGCAACGACAGCGGGGUCAUCGGUGGCCACUCGCCGCCUUACCUCUGUCAUCGUCAUUAUCGUAGUCAUCGUCAUUCACUGUCGCGUCAACGAUACCACCAUCGAAGGGACAUCGAUGACGUGGGUAGCGACGAUAGCAACGAUAGCAGAGACGACGAUAGCGGCGAUGACGAGGCCGUCGAGAACGACAAGAAUGACGACGGUGACGAUGACGAUAACGACGAAGAGGAGGAGAACGACAAGAUGUGCCUCGACCGUCUCCAUCCUCGCCUUCAUCAAUUCUAUGAUCGGCGGUCUCGCGGAAGCGGCGACGUUGACGCCGAAGUCGAGGUCCAUCGAACCGAGACGACUACCGUCCAUCCUCUCGCACGAACCUCGCCUAUCGCGACCACCGCCGUCGCUAACCCCUCUGUCGUCACUGCCAUGGCGAGAGGAUGUAAAAUUCCGUCUUACCUCACGACUAUACUACUUCUAUCCUACAUUCUCUUCGGUAUAGCAGACGCUUGCUCGUCACGUUCAACGCCAAAACCAAGGCCGCCGACGCCAACGGACCGGCCGAAUAUCACAUUCCACAUGUACACGUGUCCACCGGAUUACGCAGAGUGGUAUUGUUUGAAUGGCGCCACGUGUUUCACCGUAAAAAUUGUCGACUCUCUCUUAUACAACUGUCUAUGCGCCCAUGGAUAUAUCGGACAAAGAUGCGAGUUUAAAGAUUUAGAUGGUUCCUAUUUACCUUCACGGCAACGAGUAAUGUUGGAGACAGCCAGCAUCGCCGGCGGUGCCACAAUAGCAGUAUUCCUCGUCGUUAUCAUUUGUAUAGCGGCUUAUAUCCAUUGUAAGCGAAAACAGAAGGAAUUACGAUCGAGCAAUAACUGCGUCGAUACGGUGGAUGGUCCUGGCCGAGAUCCGGAGCUGAGGCCGUUUAGUAACCGCAGCCGCUCUCUUAUGAUCUUCAUGGCCAAGAAUUCUAAUAACUCGGCAACGAUAGAACAAACGAGAAUGCCCAACUGGAAUUGUCCAGAAACAGAAUCGAUGAGGAUGGCAUCCAUCAGCGAGAAUAAGCCCCCGAGCCAAUAGCGAACUACGUGACGCGUCGUCCAUAUACAACGUUUUGCCGCGAGGAUUCGUUAUCGGUGAUACUCGAGACGUACAAAAGAUCGUCAAAUAAACUACUCGAUUAGUUGAAGAUAGUUUAAAAUAUCUCGAGACAGCAGCGGCCUUUAGUAGCCUUUAUUAGCGAACUUACUGGAAAUAAUCCCACUAUUUGAUUCAGCGAGUGAUUGACCAUCCUAACGCGGUGCUGAAAAAAACGAACACAAAUCAAGUACGAUUUCUAAGUUGAUGACACGUACCGGCACGACGAUAUUGGCUCUUUUCGAUUAUUAUAUCGUAAUAUCAAGACAUUCCCCGUAUUGUCGCACUCAUGUCCUCUGUUUAAUCGAAGGGACAUUAAUGCUCGUCGAUUAUUGUGUAUUCCUUCUAACGAACAUCUCGAUGGACAAUUCACGAAGAAUCUUACGUCCAAAAGUUUAAAAAUGGACUUCGCAUGAAUAACGUGACGUUCGAGGAUGAAACAUUUCCGUAAAUUCUUCUGUGAAAGUAACAGAUUCGCGACCAUUGAAUGUUGAUUUUUAUGUAAACGUUUGUAUAGUAUCGCGUCUUAUUGUCAUCACUCAUCAACGAA